UGGCUCUCCGAAAGUACCGCCCCGGAACAGGCGGGGUUUGUGAAGAUGGCGGCGCCUGGGAAUCUUGCGGUGCUGGAGUCAGACCUGCAAAGUGCCGUGACACUUUUGAAAAACCUUCAGGAUCAGGUGAUGGCUGUAACUGCACAAGUACAAGCUCUGACCAAAAAAGUUCAAGCUAGAGCCUAUCCUACAGAGAAGGGUCUCAGCCUCUUGGAAGUGAAGGACCAGCUAUUGCUCAUGUACCUUAUGGAUUUAACCCAUCUCAUCCUGGACAAAGCCUCAGGAGGGUCUCUUCAGGGACAUGCUGCAGUUCUGAGACUGGUAGAGAUCCGCACGGUUUUGGAAAAGCUUCGUCCCUUGGACCAAAAACUGAAGUAUCAGAUUGACAAGCUAGUCAAGACUGCAGUGACAGGCAGCCUCAGUGAGAAUGACCCUCUCCGUUUUAAGCCUCAUCCCAGCAAUAUGAUGAGCAAGUUGAGCUCUGAGGACGAGGAGGAAGACGAAGCAGAAGGCCAGUCUGAAGCUUCAGGAAAGAAAUCUGUAAAAGGAACAGUUAAGAAAUACGUUCCACCACGCUUGGUUCCAGUACAUUAUGAUGAAACAGAAGCUGAGAGGGAAAAGAAACGCCUAGAACGGGCCAGAAAACGGGCAUUGAGCAGCUCUGUCAUUCGUGAACUUAAGGAGCAGUACUCAGAUGCUCCAGAGGAAAUCCGUGAUGCUCGGCAUCCUCAUGUCACCCGCCAGAGUCAGGAGGAUCAACACAGGAUUAACUAUGAGGAGAGCAUGAUGGUGCGUUUAAGUGUCAGUAAGCGCGAGAAAGGACGACGAAAACGAGCGAGUGUCAUGAAUUCACAACUUCAUUCCCUCACACACUUUAGUGACAUCAGUGCUUUGACAGGAGGAACACCCCAUCUUGAUGAGGACCAGAAUCCUAUUAAGAAGCGUAAGAAGAUACCUAAGAAAAGUCGAAAGAAAAAAGGUUUUCGGAGGCGGCGGUGAUGAUGGGUGUACAUAUUUGUAUAUCUGUUGUUAUCCAGGGAUACUUCUAAUUUCACUGUAUGUAGGUUUUGGUUUUUUUUUCCUUGAAAUUCAUUAAUUGUUUACUCUGGAUAUGUGGAAAGAUCUUUAUUAAUAAAAUUGAUUUUACUUACGAAAUGAACCUGCUUUUGCAUAUGUAUUGUAUGACUGGAAUCACUGGGUAUGGGGUUUUUCUGGUGAGAUGGUAAUAAAAGGAUAAAGGGAAAGAUGAAAUUUUGCAGGGGGAGUGAGAGAAGGUUGGCUUUAUAGUUUGUUUUGAUAGUUUACUUUUCUCAGAAGCUAUAAAUUGGUUCCUUAGCAAAAAAUAUUGAGCGAUUAGAGUGGUGUAAUCAACUCUUCUGGCCCACGUGGCCAUAAGUUCGUGUAUGAUUUGUUGUAAUAGAGUGCAAGUCAUCUUAAGGUAUGUGGGUUUUGUUAAUGUAACUUGCUGGCCACCAGAUGGGGUCAGUGAUUCAGGAAACCUUUGGUUCAUGACUAGCAAAAGCUGUAUUGUAGAACUUUUUCUCAUUGUUAAGUUACUCAUAUCUCCACUUUUGAAUGUUUUUCUUUUCUUCCUAAAAUAAAAUAAACAUAGGGCUGAUCUUUGGUCAGUUAUAGGGAGAGAGUUUAUCCAGAAAGAACAGCAGAGUGAGCAGACUAGAGUAUGAAGAAUCAGUAUAGUCUUGUGUUUUGCAGCCUCUUUGACCUUCCUUUAACUAAGGUCUUAGUUCACUAGUCAGUUAAAGGCCAGUCCUUUUAUAAAUGCUUGCAAAGGAGUGCCAAAAAAAUAGGCAGAUGGAAAAUUCCUAGCUUGAAGAUCAAAAGAAUGAAAAUGUCACCAAAAUAUCUGCCCAAAUCAAGAGACUGGUAGGAGUUACAUAUCUGAGAUCUUGUAUUCUGUCCAGAGAACGACCUCUGUUGGUGGGAGAGCCUUUAGGCUUGGAUAAUACAGAAGGUGAAAAGGGGAACCGGAAAGGACAGAAGUUGAAGAAUCUGUUGAAUAAAUUUACUACAGUUUUUUUAAGUGCUUAGGAUUUCAUGAAGACCUAAUUUUGUGUCUGUAUUCCUGGGCAGUGUCAUGGAGAGAAGUAGAAUUGGGUUAUUGCAUCACUAAAUCCUUGGUUCUGAGUCCUGUGAAUUUGGACUUCUACUAGUCUGCCUGAUCAGGGCAGGGUGUGUUUUUAGUUGGCUGUAGCCUGAUAGAAAGUAGGAGUCAACCUAGUAUUGUCUCCUGUUAACUUGAGCAGAUCACUUAACAUUCCUGGCCUUUGAUUUUCCUUAGCUGAAAAAUGAAGGGGUUAGACUGAAUCUCUGAGAUUUCUUCCAGAAUGGGCUUAUUUCUAGGGCCUUGAACUUUUAGUCCGUGGUAGUCUGAGUGAGCCUGACCUGCCUAGGGCCCUGAUACUUCUGUUUCUUCAAGUGAAUCUAAACAAAGAGCCACGGAACAGGUUUAGAGAUUCUUUUCCCUUUCUGGCUGAACUAAGUGGACAGGAGGUUCAGUUCAAAAAUACUUAGUUAGGACCACCUCAUUUGCUUCUUAGGACUGACUGUUGCAUUGGCUUCUCAUUUAUUAAGAUUUUUGGGUUACAGGAACUGCCAAGGAAAAGGAAGUGGUGGUGGUUUUUUUCUCCUAAGAUCUUACUUUGUGUUACAUAUUGAGCUAAGAGCUUUAUACAUAAUCCUUACAAAUUAUAGAUCAUCUCUAUUUUACCAGUAAGGAAACUGAGACACUUAGGCAGUCUGCCCAAGGUUACAUUGCUAAUAAAUGAAGAGAACCAGUACUUGAAGAACACAAUUGUGUGGAGGCCCUCAAGUAUCCUGGGGUUCAUGAAAGUCUUCAGGUUGUUUGUUUUUCCUUUUUAAAAAUACUGGUAGGUAGGUUAUAGAGUUUAGCUCCCUCUUCCCUACUGCCCCCACUCCUGUUCAAAGUCUUGUCUUCAAAGAAACCACAAGUUCCAGAUACUGUUCUGCCCUCUUGGUGUUAUACCAGUGAGUAUAACA